AUGUCGCACUUCAUAAUUAGACGCCAGGACGAUGUAAUUUAUAUGUCUGGCAAUUCUACCUACAAGUGGAAUAUUCAACCACUGGAUCGCGUUGAGGCGAGCUUCCAGCUAUAUAAAUUUGAUCGUAUAGCCUGGUUGCAAACACCAUUCGGUAUGAAAAUUCGUGACAUGUGUCCAGUUCUAUUUGAUGAGCCUCAGUACUGGUAUAAGUAUUGGACAAAAUAUAUAACUAAUAAGGACGAUUUUAAGGGGAAAUGUCCUAGCCCAGGAGUAUGUUUGAUAACUUAUUUUACGAACCAUUUUCCUUGAACUUGUUUAUCGAAUUAACUGGAUUGCCUUUAAAUGGACGAUAUAAAGUUUUAAUAACAGCUAAGGCCUUUAGCCCGA